CGGAAAUUCGGGCAGACUGAAGUGGACUUGGUUGUAUGUGGGGGUGGGGAGCUAGCUCGAUGGUGGAAGAUUUUUCUGCCCUUGCCACUAAUUUCUAGUGAAACACAGCGGAACGUACGUUACUCCGGAAAUACCCCAAAAAGAACCCAACGUUGUUUUUAAUCGGGAUCAUCUCUCGCCUGCAAAUAAUAUAUUCACGGUGGAGGUGGCUUGAUGUUUGGAAGAAACGUGCAUGAUGUCUUUGCCUUGGACAUUGUAACGUGUAUCUUAUUGUUUGUUACGCUACAACAUAUUGACAAAACAAUGACGUUGCCACGGAUAUUGCCGUGAUUCAUAUACCCACUAACAUUUGCAUACUUUCCUGGAGGGUUGGUGGCUUGCUAAUUCACAGUAAGUUAUCGGAACUUCGGUCUUGAGCAAGAUCUGGAAGCUGUGCAGGCUGUGGUUUUUGAAAGUAACAUGGCUUCCCAGUCUGAUCUGAUGGAGCUGGACAUGGCCAUGGAGCCUGACCGGAAGGCUGCAGUGAGCCACUGGCAGCAGCAGUCGUACUUGGACUCUGGUAUCCACUCAGGGGCUACCACCACCGCCCCCUCCCUGAGUGGAAAGGGCAACCCAGAAGAAGAGGAUGUGGAUAACCAGGUGCUGUACGAGUGGGAGCAGGGCUUCUCUCAGUCCUUCACACAAGACCAAGUGUCAGACAUUGACGGGCAGUAUGCCAUGACCAGAGCCCAGAGGGUGCGUGCUGCCAUGUUUCCAGAGACCCUGGAUGAGGGCAUGCAGCUCCCCUCCACCCAGUUUGAUGGGGCCCACCCCACCAACGUGCAGCGGCUGGCUGAGCCCUCUCAGAUGCUGAAGCAUGCCGUGGUGAACCUCAUCAACUACCAGGAUGACGCCGAGCUGGCCACGCGCGCCAUCCCUGAGCUGACCAAACUACUCAACGACGAGGACCAGGUGGUGGUGAACAAGGCUGCAGUGAUGGUGCACCAGCUGUCCAAAAAGGAGGCUAGCCGCCACGCCAUCAUGCGCUCCCCCCAGAUGGUGUCGGCAAUCGUGCGCACCAUGCAGAACACCAACGAUGUGGAGACAGCCCGCUGCACCGCUGGCACCCUGCACAACCUGUCCCACCACAGAGAGGGUCUGCUGGCCAUCUUCAAGUCCGGGGGCAUCCCUGCCCUUGUCAAAAUGCUUGGGUCCCCAGUGGACUCGGUGCUGUUCUACGCCAUCACCACCCUACACAACCUGCUGCUCCACCAGGAGGGUGCCAAGAUGGCUGUGCGCCUGGCCGGGGGCCUGCAGAAAAUGGUGGCCUUGCUCAACAAGACAAAUGUCAAAUUCCUCGCCAUCACAACAGAUUGCCUUCAGAUUCUUGCCUACGGCAACCAAGAAAGCAAGCUUAUCAUCCUGGCCAGCGGUGGGCCCCAGGCCCUGGUCAACAUCAUGAGGACCUACACAUAUGAAAAGCUGUUGUGGACUACAAGUAGAGUUCUCAAAGUGCUCUCUGUCUGCUCCAGCAACAAGCCUGCCAUUGUAGAGGCUGGUGGUAUGCAGGCUCUUGGGCUUCACCUCACAGACCCCAGUCAGAGACUAGUCCAGAACUGCCUGUGGACCCUCAGGAACCUGUCAGACGCUGCCACCAAACAGACGACCUUAGCUGAAGUAGAUGUGAUGCAGGAGGGUAUGGAAGGUCUGCUGGGGACCCUGGUCCAGCUCCUGGGCUCUGAUGACAUCAACGUGGUGACGUGUGCUGCCGGCAUCCUGUCCAACCUCACCUGCAACAACUACAAGAACAAGAUGAUGGUGUGUCAGGUUGGGGGGAUUGAGGCGCUGGUCCGUACUGUGCUGCGUGCCGGAGACCGCGAGGACAUCACUGAGCCGGCCAUCUGCGCCCUGCGCCACCUCACCAGCCGCCACCAGGAUGCUGAGAUGGCCCAGAAUGCUGUGCGGCUUCACUACGGCCUGCCUGUGGUGGUCAAGCUGCUGCAUCCCCCCUCCCACUGGCCCCUCAUCAAGGCCACUGUGGGCCUAAUCCGUAACCUGGCCCUGUGUCCAGCCAACCAUGCCCCUCUGCGUGAGCAGGGGGCCAUCCCCAGACUGGUGCAGCUGCUGGUCAGAGCCCACCAGGACACCCAGAGACGCACCUCCAUGGGAGGCACCCAGCAGCAGUUUGUGGAGGGAGUUCGUAUGGAGGAGAUCGUGGAGGGCUGUACUGGCGCUCUGCACAUCCUGGCUAGAGACGUCCACAACAGAAUCGUCAUCAGAGGACUCAACACCAUUCCACUCUUUGUCCAGCUGUUGUAUUCUCCCAUUGAGAACAUUCAGCGUGUGGCUGCAGGAGUUCUGUGUGAGUUGGCCCAGGACAAGGAGGCAGCGGAGGCCAUCGAGGCUGAGGGCGCCACCGCCCCCCUCACAGAGCUGCUUCACUCCAGAAACGAGGGCGUGGCCACCUAUGCUGCUGCAGUUCUGUUCCGUAUGUCCGAAGACAAGCCCCAGGACUAUAAGAAGCGUCUGUCUGUGGAGCUCACCAGCUCCCUGUUCAGGACGGAGCCUAUGACCUGGAACGAGACAGGAGAUCUGGGCCUGGACAUCGGAGCUCAGGGAGAUGCCCUGGGCUACCGGCAGGAAGACCCUAGCUAUCGCUCCUUCCACUCUGGGGGAUAUGGGCAGGACUCCAUGGGUAUGGACUCCAUGAUGGACCAUGACAUGGGUGCCCACCACCCCGGCCCUGAAUACCCAGUCGACGGGCUGCCCGACCUGGGCCACGCCCAAGACCUGAUCGAUGGGCUGCCCCCAGGCGACAGCAAUCAGUUGGCUUGGUUUGAUACUGACCUGUAAAUAGACUACUUUUUAGGUGUAUCGUCUGAUCUGAAUGAACCUGCAUUGUGAUUUGGCUGGAGAAGUUGCUGGGAGGUUUUUGAAAGUGGGCUAGUAUCUCAGAAAGUGCCUGACACACUACUGAAAGCUGAGUUUCCUAUGGGAACACGUGGAGUGGAAGUAAAACUUUGUUCUGGUCUUUUGUGGGAGUUAAAACUGCGUUAAAGGAAUUCCUGGAGUGGGUUACUCAAAGAAAAUGACGCUGAAGAGUGGAUCUAAAGAUGGAAUUUAAAACCCUGGUCUGUAUUUUUUUACAUUUUAUUUUGUAUGAUUCUUCAGUCUGUAAUGGUACUGAUAUAGCUUGUUAUUAUACUCACCUGUCUUUUCUGCAGUAAUUUGUAUCCAUUUUAAGUCUCUCUCGUAGUGUUAAGUUAUAGUGGUAAUGCUCCAAUUAAAAUGAUAUGGUGUAGAACACUAAUAAUCAGUUGAAUUGUAUUCUGAUCAAGUGUAACAUUGUGUAGCUUUUGUAUAAAACCAAGAAUUGGAAAUGGUCCAAAUAUUUUCUUGCUUUAAGUGUGCACUGUUUGUAGUGUCACAACUGUUCCAAAGGGUCUGUGGGGAGGGCAGCGGUUUCUUUUUUUAAAUGUCUUUUAGUUGAUAGCUGUCCAAGGAGGUGAAAAGAAUCUCUUAUUAUUGUAGCCUGCUGUGCUUAUUGGAGACAUGGUCAUGACAUGGCUAAACAAUAAAAAUGGACUUUAAUUUCA